GCCGCUAAAGGUGUUGAGGAGGGAAAAAGGUGUUUGUUUACCUCUCGGCCGCCGCGCCAGGGCGGCCAGCCACCGGGGCGGUGUCGCGUUCCGCCGCAUCCUCCUAUUAUUACUGGUGACAGGUGUGCAGUGUAGGGGAGCGUGAGCACCUGCCAGGCCGCUCACAGUGAUAGAGCCCUCAAGAAGACUAAGAAGCUGUGUUGCCGAGGAUCACGUCUGGCUCCAGCAGCUCAGAUGAGGAGGCGACACGGUUCAGGGAGGCGUGUGACCCCACCCUGUGGAGGACGGCCGCGCAGGGAGCCACCAAGAAUGAAAUCUGCAGAGCGGAGGCAUCUGAUGAGAAGCCCCAGCCAAGGCGACCAGAGGCAGGCCUUCAUGCUGCUGGAGAAGAUGCGCACAACCCUUGCCGGGGCGCAGGGCAAGGCAGGGUGUGUGGGGCUGAGGCACAAGGAUGGCCAUGGCCCCGGCAUACAGGGCAGGCCAUCGUCAGGCAGGGCAGAGGCCAGCACAGCGAGGGUGGCCAUGGCCACACUCUCCCUUUCUGGCCAAGCAGCUCACCUCAAGACUGGACGGUGACCAAGUGGUGUGUUGGUGCCUACCUCUGGCUGGCCGGCUGUUAUGAUAAAAUUAUGAAGAGCAAGCAGACAGCGCUGAAAGAACGGGGACUUCUUCUUCUUACACAAACAACUGCCGAUGAGAGAGUGAAGCGAUGAAUAACAGGGCACUGAAUAACAGGUAGCCACGCCCUGUAGAUUUUGUGUGACAUUUAUAAGAAGAACAUAAGAGCAUAAGAACAUAGGGAGACUGCAAGAGGCUGAAUGGCCUACACAGGGCAGCUCCAGAUUCCCCCCACUGCCACCUGUCAUCCUCGUCCAUGUAGCUAUCAAGUCUACUCAUAAAACAAGCUGUCAUCCCUGCACUCACUAGUAUGUGAUUGCUGAGUCUAUUCCAUUCCCCCAUCACCCUAUUACUAAACCAAGGCCUGCCUAUUUCCCUCCUAAUUCUAUACUUUUCUAAUUUAAAUCCAUUACUGUGUGUUCUAUCCUGGUGGCAGUGUGGGUUGCCUGCUGCCAGCACGUCAUCUGGGAGACACACUCGGGUGACAGUGUAAGCAGCAAGCCUUCCAUUUAGUGAGCCUGUGUUACAAAAUCAGCUUAACCUUCAGACGGCUACAGGAACAAAGAAGAUGCCAUAAAAAUUGCAUUGGUGUGAAGAUCAAACCCCAGGAUCACAUUAGACUUUCUGUUCAGUAUUCAGCCAGUCAGUUUUGUGAGGCAGAAAUAAAACAACACUUCCAGAU